UCAUGGGCGAUUUCAAACCGUUGCCCAGCAAAGAGUUGCACAAAAAUUUUCUGGAAAAAGUCGUAGAAUUAUUAUUCAACACUGUAGUGUUUACUACGAGAAAAGAUAAAGUGUUGUUGUGGAGAUCUCCAGAGGAUUUGUUGAAAGAAUUCGACUUUGAACUGGGACAGAAUGGAGAGUCUCAGGAGAAGUUGAUACAAGUGCUGAAGAAUACGGUGAAGUUUAGCGUGAAGACUGGUCAUCCGUAUUUCGUAAAUCAGCUGUUUUCAGGGCUUGAUCCCUACGGCUUGGCAGCUCAAUGGUUGACCGACGCUUUAAAUGCAAGCGUGUACACUUAUGAAGUAGCUCCAGUUUUUACGUUGAUGGAACAACAUGUAAUCAAUGAGGUAUGCAAGAUGGUGGGAUUGGAAUGGGGUGAUGGCAUGUUCUGUCCUGGUGGAUCAUUUGGCAACGGAACUGCCAUUAAUCUGGCUAGAUUUAGUAGAUUCCCUCAAGUUAAAAAGUCCGGAAGUAAAAAUUUACCGGAUUUAGUAAUGUUUACCUCAGAAGAAUGCCACUAUUCCAUAUUCAAAUUUGCCAGCUUCCUCGGAUUAGGUGAAGAAGCUGUAAUAAAACUAAAAACCGACGAGGUUGGUAAAAUUGUUCCAGACGAUUUGGAACAAAACAUAAUCAAAUAUAAAGAUAAAAAUGUUGUUCCGCUUAUGGUUGUUGCAACAAUGGGUACUACAGUUAGAGGAGCCUUUGAUCCUGUAGCUGAGAUAUCAGCUAUAUGUAAAAAGCACGGUUUAUGGCUACAUGUGGAUGCAGCAUGGGGCGGUGGAUUAUUAUUUUCACAAAGAUAUAGAACUAAGCUCAAUGGUAUAGAAUUAGCAGACUCGAUUGUAAUCAAUCCUCAUAAACUACUUGCUGUGCCCCAACAGUGCUCUUUGUUGUUAGUUCGAGACAAGAAUUUACUCCACUCAUGCCAUUCCAGAGGCGCUGAGUACCUUUUCCAAAGGGAUAAGUACUACGAUUCCAAGUACGAUGUUGGUGAUAAAUACCUGCAGUGUGGUAGAAAAUGUGAUGUAUUUAAGUUCUGGUUUAUGUGGAAAGCUAAGGGUGCCGCUGGUUUCGCCAGCCACAUCGACGUCCUCAUGGACCUGGCCCACUAUUUCGAGGAGCAAGUGAACUGCCGACCCGAAUUCGCACCGGUCUCGCAACGCCAGUACAUGAACGUUUGCUUCUGGUAUUUGCCGAGAUAUUUGAGGUCCAGACCGAACGUUUCGGAUUUUCACGCCGAAUUGCACAAGGUAGCGCCGCAAAUCAAAAUGGUAAUGGCUAACCACGGAUCUGUAAUGUUGAAUUAUCAACCCUUGAAGAGUUUGCCGAAUUUUUUCAGAUUCGUAUCGCAGAAUUCUUCACUAACUAGGAAUGACAUCGAUUUUAUAUUGGACCACAUCGCCGAAAUUGGUGAUGCCCUUUUUUUAGAUUAGAUUAGUAGGUACAUUUUUUUAUA